AUGGCAUUCGCCGGACUCGCGGAUCUUCGUCUCUUCGACAACGUCUCUCAGUACAUCAACACGUUGGCUGGAGAAUUCUCACCGGACUCUCAUCUACACGAUCACAAUUGCAAGUGUUCCAUUGUUGACAGACUUUGGUGUGAUUAUUUCGGAAUGGGUACGUGCAUCAGUCGUGAGGCACGCGCACGGCGGAAGGAGAGAAAACGGAUCAACAAGCGAUUACGGGAAGCCAGAAACGCCUCAUCACCACGCGAUCAUUAUCACCAGCCAACGAGUACAUCAGGCGGACGAUUCGGCCAUCGAAGUAGAUCAGAAGGAGGCAAUGGCGACGUUCGGGAUGAUAUUAAAGAGCUGAUUAUUGAAACGUUGGAAGUGAUUAGGACACUGGUUAAUAACGAACAAGAACCACCACAAUCACUGCUCAAGCUAAAUUUCAUUGCUGACGAGGAGAAAGGAUGGAUGUUGGUUGUGAGAGCGUUGAUCUAUACGAUCCCAGAAAACGAUCCACUGGGGCCAGCAGUGAUAUCUCUCUUCCUCGAUGAAUGCCCUCUUCCCAGCAAAGAAUCCGUUCAAACCCUUCUGAUUUCUCUGGGUCUCUCAUCUGAAUUCGUCGAAACGAAACAUCUUUCACCGUCGUGGCACAAGAAUAUGUGCAUCGUGUUGGGAUCCCUGGCCGAGAAGAUGGCUGGAACUGCGGCAGUGACGAUUUUCAAUGAGAACAUUCGAGGAUAUCUGAUGAAGAUGAUUGGCUACGGUCUGAGUUAUUUCCCACCGACGUAUGGAAAAUCGCUGAAAGAGAAAAACACGCACUGCGUCCGAAUGUUCGCCCUUCUGGCACUGGAGAAAUUUGCUCAAACGCGCGAAAAUCAGAUUACGAUAUGCAAAAUGUUCACCGAGAACUCGGCAAUCAAACAUCCGCUUCUGAAAAUGGAGGAAUAUUUGAAGAACGAGGAUGUCGUACGGUAUUGGCACGCGAAACAGGAGGGAUUCUGUGCACAGUGGGCUCUGGAUAAUAUUUUCAUCCUCCCAAAUCGUCCCUACUCUUACGAAACGUGUGAAACUUCUCAAAUCAACGCGAUGCUGAAUCAUGAAGACGUCAGUGAGUACCUGAAAAUCGGCCCCGACGGCCUAGAAGCCCGUUGUGACGUCUCCUCAUUCGAAUCCGUCCGAUGCACCUUCGAAGUGAUGGAUGGUGUAUGGUACUACGAGGCUACAGUACUCACAUCUGGUGUCAUGCAAAUUGGUCUCGCCACGAAACGAUCGAGAUUCCUGAACCAUGAGGGCUACGGUAUUGGAGAUGACGCGUCGUCGGUGGCUUAUGAUGGGUGUAGACAGCUGGUUUGGUACAAUGCAAAGAGCCAAAAACAUGAGCAUGACAACUGGCAACCUGGAGAUGUCAUCGGAGUGCUUCUGGAUAUUCCACGUGGCGAAGUGCAAUUCCUGUUGAAUGGUGUGGCGUUGAAAGAGCCGAAUACCGAGUUUCUGAGCAAUCGACAGCCAUCGGAGGGGGUCUUCGCAGCGGCGUCGUUCAUGUCCUUCCAACAGUGUCGAUUCAAUUUUGGAGCCAGUCGAUUCAAAUACACUCCUGGACGCAAAUUCCGAUGCUUUAAUGAUUAUGGACAGCUGACGACGGCGCAGAGGACGAUUAUUCCAAGAAGAGUGAGGUUGGAGCAGUUGGAGAAGGAGCACAUACCCGAUGAUUACUGUACGAUUUGUUUUGCGGCGCCGGCGAGCACGAAGCUCACGCCGUGCAAUCAUGAUGGUUUCUGUCCCGACUGCUGUAACAUGAUGGACUGCUGCCCUCUGUGUCGUACGCCAAUCGUAGAACGUGUCCCAAUGAAAACCAACAACAACAAGUUUGAAGCGUUCCGAUCGCCGUCGUUCACCAGCGGAUUACAACGAGUGAACAGUCAGCGAAAGAGCAUCAGAGCCACGUCGGCGGCGGUUCAGGGAGCUGGGGAUACGGUA